AUGUGCAGUAUGAUCCUCUGUUUCCAUCGGCGGCAUUGCUGGUACAGUAUGCCCAUUUGCAGAGACCCUUCUUCGCUGCUGUCGUCUAUGGCAAUCGGUCCUGAGUUGGCGUUGUUAGUAGGAACUUCAUCAGCUAGAGCGCCUGAUGAAGGGACAUUGGAUGUUGUUAAAUCAGCUCUCGGCGCCUCUGCCACAGUUGCGGUGAGUCUUCGCCACCUCGACACCUAUGGUACGUCGUUGCCAGGCAUUGCAUCACCGCACCCCGUCACCCCAUCUGCUUCCGCUCUCCGCUCCGCACGCUCACGCACCUCGCUCGCCAUGCCGCCGCCCUCCGUCACCACCCCGCUGCUGCCUAACAACAACCGCGCCCCCGCGCGCACCGACGCCAUCCGUUGGCGGGAGACCGCAGCCGUCGUCCUGCCGUACAUCAUCCCCGAGACUACGAAGCUCAAGCUCAUCGCCGCCCUCUCCGUCUUCUGCGCCCUCGCCAAGCAGGGCUCCGCCUUGCUUAGGCCCUACGCUUUCAAACUCGCCGUCGAUACUCUCACCAAUAACUUGCUCCCCGGCGGAGGCUUAGUCAUUCCUUACUUCGCUAUUGCUUUGUUCGUCCUGUCCAAAAUCGCCUCCACUUUGCUCGGCGGCGUCCAGGGCUACACCCACUCCAUCGUCGCCGUUAUGUGCGCUAGGAGGUUUUCCGUCGCCAUGUUUACACAUUUGCAAAACCUGAGCUUGGCCUUUCAUUUGUCCAGGCGCACGGGGGAGGUUACCAGGAUCAUGCCUGUCCGGUACGUUCAUCAUCUCUCAUUUACUCAUACCUGCCUAACCACUCGCUCUCGUCACCUGACUCUCGUUCUGUUCAAUACCUCGCAUUUCCUUGGAUAUGCAAAUCAUUGCUAUCCCUUUACUUUGACAAUUACAGAACAGGCCGUUGACAUCCUCAUCAACUAUGAGACUGUCAAAAUGUUCGGCAUGGAGCAAGAAGAAGCUUCGACCUACGCAGCUCUCCAAAAAGCUUACCAAGACAUCUACAUCUGGUUCCGUCUCACCCGCAACGCAAUCAGCCUGGGGCAGGACGCCAUCAAAUCUAUAGGUUUGGGAAGUGCCAUGGUGCUUGCGGCCAUCGGUGCUGCGCAUGGCAACUUGACCCCGGGAGAUUUUGUCCUGAUCAAUGCAUAUGCGGCGCAGCUUUUUGGGCCGUUAUUCUCCUUGGGCUCGACGUAUCGAACGCUAACCCAAGCUGCCACAGACUUAGAGAAGUGCGUCAACCUGUUGACUGAACCCAUUACCGUCCAGGAUGAUGCGAACGCUAAGCCGUUCGAAGUAGAAGAAGAAGCGCUCGUAGAGAAGCGCGUUGGCGACGUCAGGUUUGAGAACGUUUCUUUCAAAUAUCACGGUACGGAAAGAGGGUCAAGCGGUGGCCUGCGUAACAUCUCCUUCCAUGUUGCUCCAGGGAGAAUGGUUGCGUUCGUUGGAGCUUCUGGAGCGGGCAAGAGCACAAUCAUUCGGCUGUUGCUGAGAUUCUAUGAUGUCGAUAGCGGGUCAGUGCUGAUCGAUGGCGAGAAUGUGAAGAACUAUUCUCAGGGGUCUCUACGCAAGCAAAUUGGAGUUGUCGCGCAAGAUACGAUCUUGUUCAACCGAUCUCUGCGAUUCAAUAUUUCAUACGGCAAACCGGAUGCAUGUGAUGCUGAAAUUUAUGACGCUGCACGUUCGGCUGCUUUGGGAGACUUCGUUGAUUCUCUCCCGCUGAAGCUGGACACCAUUGUCGGAGAGCGGGGAGUGCGCCUAUCAGGAGGGGAACGACAGCGCGUAGGGUGCGCCAGGUGUCUGAUCAAGGCACCCGCUAUUGUUCUGCUUGACGAGGCGUCGUCAUCAUUGGACACGCAAACGGAAAGAGAAAUGCAGGCAAACCUGCGGGAAGUAUGCAAGAACCGAACCACGAUCGUGAUUGCACAUCGACUGUCUACAAUCAUGAUGGCGGACGAGAUCGUUGUCCUUGGCACAGAUGGCGCAGAAGAGGGCCUUGGUACCGUUGUCGAGAGAGGGUCCCAUGCUGAGUUGAUACGGCAGAAGGGGUCAUACGCCGAAAUGUGGGACUUGCAGACGUCGUUCGAUAACGGCGAGUUGUCAGAAGCAUCCGAAGUCAAGGAUUCGAAGAAGUGAGUUGCCCUCGAAAGCGGCGCGACUUUGCUCCAUAAAUACAGUUGUGGAAUGCCAGAACCCCAUAUUUGUGCACAUGCAUGCCAUCGCCUGACGAGCAGCAGUCUUGCCGACAACACACAGGGCUAGAGCAUAUUGCGAACUGCUCUGCACCAUUAAGUGAAGACUGUAUUUUGAAAGUAAAAUUAACUGGCUUCUUCUA